UAGUGUGCCGCGUCGUCGUCAGACCACGAGAGACAGACUCAUACCAUCCGAGUAGUAUACAUCCGAGAGGCUCCAGCUCAAACGAUACUCCCCUCUUCAAUUCAAACGCUCUUUCGAACUAAAGUGUAUAUCUGCCUCAUAUUAUUUCUUCGUCUUCUUCUUUUUGUUCUUUUUAGAUCAACUCUAUCUAUCUAUCAAUAAUAUAUAUCUACCUCACUUUCUUCCACAUUCACUUGUAUAUUACAUCUCUUUGAAACUGGCCAGCGUGAAGACAUAAAGAAUAUCUAUAUAUUUAUGUAUAUAUAUUUUUUUUUAACUUUGAUAAAUCAAUCGUGCGACGAGUUUUUUACGCAAGUUUAAAUUGAGAUUGUCCUCAAUACAAUAAAACGUUUACGAGUGUCUUGUUGCGGGUGAUACAGCAAUUUAGCACGUGCAGAUUUUUAUAAUUUAUUUAUUUUUUGAAUUAAUGUCUUGAUAUUAAUUUUUAAAAAAUAGUGAAUCCUGUAACUAUGAGAUGACAGCUCGUUAAUUGUGCAAUGGUGGUACCAUCGGGUGGUUCUGCCGAUGAUAACAGUAAUGACGAUUAGAUUCGUCCUGUGAUAUGGGUGAGGAGGAGACGAGAUGGCCAGCAAAUGCUCGAGUUGCUAUUGGAGAUCGGGGACGAGGACUGACGCCAAGUGCCAGCUGGAACAGCCAACGCAAUGCAUCGGUGAGACGACAACAACGUAGCUCUUCCAGGCGUUCCGAGUGGCGGGACAGCAGCACCACCAGCAGACGAAGAAGAAAAAGACAUAAACUUUUGGGUGAAAAAAUAGCCGAUUGGUUUCGUGCAUUUUUAGCUUUUCUCUUUAGCAAUGUUGGGAUUGUGUGUCUUGUUGUGGGUUACACUAUUGCCGGGGCAUUUAUAUUCCAAGCUGUCGAGGGCUCCUACAAUCGUAAAAUUGGAAACGGCUAUGACGUACCGAGAUCACGAAAUGAAACUGCGCUUCAUUUGUGGAAAUUAACGACCAAGGAAAAUGUUUUCUCGGAGAAAUUAUGGAAGUCAAAGGUGGAUAUAAUUCUAAAGAGCUACCAGGAUAUAAUAGUUAAUGCCGUAAAAAAUGAAUGGGACGGUUCAGACUCGAUGGAGAAUCGAAAGUGGAGUUUUGCUGGGGCUUUCUUGUACUCCUUGACAGUCAUUACGACAAUCGGUUACGGUAAUAAGUGUCCUCGGACCAUGUGGGGCAAGGUGAUUACAAUUGGCUACGCCAUCGCCGGAAUGCCCCUGUUUCUUUUGUACCUCACUAACAUCGGCGAUUUACUUGCUAAAAGUUUCAAGUGGACUUAUGCCCGUUGCUUUCUAUGCAGAUGCCGAAAGAGGCCACGAGAAUCUCGUGAUCGUCGGGUAACUGGCUCACGCCGAUCACUCGGUCAGCCUUAUCGAAAUAACACCUGGCAGUCUGUGCAGAUGGUGAGAAUGCAAUCGGGACGUGAUGGGGCGGCAUUCGACACCGUUAGUGUGGACAAUGAGAUUGAGACUGGUUCAAAAACAACGACAAGCGAUCAAGGUAAUGACAACAACGACGACAACGAUGAAGAAGAUGAUGAUAGCGGUGGUGGUGGCGAGGAUGAAGAUAACGACGAUGAUGAUGAUGACAGCAGUGAUCAUUAUGAUCCUAAGCGUAUUACGGUCCCAUUAACUCUUUGUCUGAGCAUCAUAGUUGGCAGAUAUAUUUGUGGAGGGGCAUUUCUUUUCUCUAAAUGGGAAGAUUGGAAUUUUCUCGACGGUUCGUACUUUUGUUUUAUCUCCCUUUCAACAAUCGGCUUCGGUGACAUAGUUCCAGGCGACAAAAUUUAUGCUGCUGAGGGGUUCGACCUAUCUUUUAUCUUCUGUUCCAUGUACCUCAUGCUAGGUAUGGCUCUAAUAGCCAUGUGUUUCAACUUAAUGCAAGAAGAAGUAAUAGCUAAAAUACGAUCGUUGACGCGAUCAGUAAAGCAUGUCCUUCGUUGUGAUCAUAACAUAGAUCCUAAAAUUCUGGCAUCCGACAGCACAACGAGGAGCGAAGUCGUUGCAAGCGUCGAGCAGCAGCAGCAAGUCAUCAUUGAAUUUCCACGUCCUUCUCCACCACCCUCACAACAACGUAGGGCUGGCUGCUGGAGGUACAUUGUCCAGUUAUUGCUGGUCCAAGCAAUGAUGCAAAUAAGCGCGAGUGAUUAUUACCAGAGAGCGCCACGAUCUUGCUCGGGUGGACGUCGUUCAUCUCAGCUAACUGCUGCAGCUUCAACAACGGCAAUCACUAGUGCCAGUUCAAAUACUCCUAAUAAUACUGAAAAUUCAUUCAGAAUAUCGACAACAGUUAAGGCCUCGGAAUUGUGGUGCUGCUGUUGCAACUGCACUACGGCGAGGAGCGCCAAAGCACCAGGUUUCCUCGCCUGUCUUGGUAUAUGUGUACUUGUUUUUGGAUACACACUUCUCGGUGCAUUUGCUUUUAUGGCUCUCGAAGGUGGUUUUAAAACGGAAUCACCCUCAGAUAUAGUUAGACUGACUAGUGGUUCAUCAAAAACCGUAAAUGCAAAUGGUAAAAUAUCAGUAAAUGUUGGAACUCGUGAUCAAACAACUCAAUCAUCGGUAAUUUUAUCUGGUGAUGAGGAUGAAGAUGCAGAUGCUAAAAAAUUACGGGCUUACACUGUAGAGAAGCUGUGGGGCAUCACUGAAGACCUAAAUGUUCUUUACAAAGACAAUUGGACGCGAUUAGCCGAGCGAGAGAUUCUCGAGUUUCAGGAGAAAAUGGCACGGAGUCUUAAUCACGACCCACGUUCGUCAACAUUCUCUGUUUACGGAGGAACUAUUCAGCGAUCGCCACGAGGUGGUAAUGACAGAUACAAAAGUGACAGACGUUGGACAUUUGGGGGCAGUUUAUUGUACUCUUUAACUCUUAUUACAACAAUUGGAUACGGUAGUGUAGCCCCUCGGACCAUCUGGGGCAGAGUGAUCACCGUAGUCUACGCGCUAGCAGGGAUACCUCUGAUGCUGGUGUACUUGAGCACCAUUGGAGAUGUCUUUGCCAGGACGUUUCGUCGUCUAUAUGGUAGACUUUGUCACCGGAACAACGAUUGCAAUAAAAAACAACCGUCAAGCGGUGGACAGUUUCUGGUACCGCCGCCUCCGAUGCCUGGUUUAAUUGAAAAAAGCUAUCAUCGUUAUGACAAUCACAUUGAAACGACGAAACUCGGUAAUUUUUAUUCCAGUAAAGACAGCUCUUGUGACGAGCUUGGCGUUCGUGCUACCGGAGGCGCUAUUCUUCUUGAUCGUGAUGGACUUGAGAGUAAUCUUUACCUUCAUUCGGGCUCCUCAGCAAAUGUUUUGCAGGAUAACAAUUCAGAGAAACGGCACUUGCAUCCAUGCUCUCAAAUGUCUCUGAUGCCGUCAGCAGUAGGUUACGGGACUGACACUAUUUGUGUUGUAAGAAUACCAAUAAGCCUGUGUCUUUUGAUGAUAUUACUGUACGUGUGUGCUGGGACAUUUAUGUUUCACCGAUUAGAGGGAUGGACUUUAUUGGAGAGCAGUUAUUUCUGCUUCACAAGUCUCGGAACAAUUGGAUUUGGUGACCUCGUUCCAACCGGCAGAAGUGCUUCGACAAAACUAUUAGAAGAACUCAGUCUGUGCGCUUGCUCAUUGUACAUUCUCAUUGGAAUGGGUUUGAUAGCAAUGUGCUUUAAUUUAAUGCAAGAAGAAGUUGUACGAGUUGUACGUGUAUUUGGUAGAACCUGCGGUACUGCUGGAGGUAUGACACCAGGAAAUUCUCUUGUUGGAGCAACAGGAUUGAAAUCGGAGAUGUGCGGGGACGGUAGCAUUGCUGGUAAUGUAAUCUCGGAUGGUUGUCGUCAAGAGUUAGAUCAUGAUGACGACGCAAUAGCCAUGUCAAUAGUAUCCGCUGCUUCCUGACAACGUCCUACCAGGAGUUCUGUCGACGAUGGACAACUCCUGGCACAGCAUCGUUUUGCGGCAAUAAACAAACAACAACUAACAUCACCAGGUCGUUAUU